ACUGUAAACAUUUUGAAAAGACAGCAUUUUUCCAAAAUGGAAAGACUUGGUCGCUGUCACGUACUGAUUGUACUGCUUGUUAUUUUGAUUAUUGAGAUAGAUGAAAGUGAGGAAGUCUCCAUCGUUGUCGAAGAUAGGGAUGCAAUUACUGGCACUACCGCCACCGUGGAUGUUGACAAUCCAGCAGACUGUGAUAAGGUGUUCCUUAUUAUUGUGACAGGAUCAGGAUCGUUCAAUUAUGUGAUAAAUUCUGGCAAUACAGAUGGUGCCUUUACCACUGACACAGAUCCGGAUAGCGGUGAUGAGAAACUACAGUGUAACAUGGCAACUAUUACAACCAAUGCGAUAACGCCGUACAGCUUGUCAAUAACUAUCACUGAUACUGACGACGCAUCCACAGCCACCAAAACUGUUACCGUGACUGUUGAAAACCUCGUUAUACAAAGUGCAAAUUGUACCCAAGUUCCAAGUGUACUAAAUGGAAGCAUUGUGGGUGGAGAUCAAUCACCCUAUGUCGAGGGUCAGAAUGUGACGUACGAAUGCACUAGCGGUUACACUAUUACUGGUACAGCGACGAUAUCCUGUAAUGGCUCUGGGGUCUGGUCGGAGCCACCAUCCUGUCUCAAAGAUUGUGUCCAAGUUCCGAUUGUUCUAAAUGCGGAAAUUGCCGGCGGGAGUCAAUCAUCUUACGUCGAGGGUCAGAUUGUUACGUACAACUGCACUAACGGUUUCACCAUGACGGGAACACCGAAUAUAUCCUGUAAUGAAACUGGGGCCUGGACUGAGUCCCCAUCGUGUCAAAGAGAUAUAGGAUCGUCUUGUUCAUCUGAUACUGACUGUCAGAUCACUUUACACACACCACCCUAUGUUUGUGAUAACUCAAUGUGUAAAUUUGGAGCAGGAGGAAACAAUUGCACAGCUAUUGCAAACUCCUGCCUAGCAAAUGGUCAAUGUUCGUCAGAUGCUUGUGAAUGUGUUGACGGCUUUGACCCUGUUGAUAACAAAUGUUACGAGUUGAUAAUGUCAAACCCAAGAAACGGUAGCGUCAUAGAAAUCUGCGAGACAACAGAAAUAAAUGAAGUGUUUGCAAACCUGUCUGCUAUCUUCGCUCCAACAAGUACUGAAUUCGUGUACAGACUUAUUGACCCGACGAACAGCUUCACAAUAGCCGACGACACAAUAUCUGUUGCUUCGGAUUUAGACGUUGAUGGUGAAGCAUCCGUUACCUCCUACGUAAUUGUAAUCGAACUUUCGCAUCCAGUCAGUUCCCGAACAGUUUCUACUACAAUCACCAUAAGUGUGGAGGAUGAUAAUGAUAAUGCGCCUGAAUUUGGCAAUAGCAGCUACACAUUCGAUAUAAGUGAACAGUCUACAGAUUCCACAGUUGUUGGAACCUUAGCUGCUAACGACAAAGACAAGACUUCACCAAACAACCAGAUUGCAAACUACACUGUUUUUGGCACGAGCGACUUUGAAAUUACAUCGGAAGGAGGGUUGAGUGUUUCAUCUGGUGCAUCGUUGAAUUACACAACAACCCCGAGUUACUCAUUUCUUGUCAUGGCAACUGAUGGUGGAGAGGGAGAUAUGAAAAUGUCGACAAAUGUAUCCGUUAUUGUUAAUAUUAAACCAGAUAUAGGAUCCUUUUGUUCUUCUGAUCAAAAUUGUACAGGAAUUCUCUCUUUUGAUCCACCUUUUGUUUGUGACAACUCUGAGUGCAAAUUAGGUGUUGGAGGAAAGAAUUGCACAUCUAGAUCGGGCUCUUGCUUAACAAACGGGCAGUGUACUUCGGAUACUUGUGAAUGCGUUGAAGGCUUCAAUGCAGUGGAUUUGGAUAACAAAUGUUACGAGUUGGGUAUUCAAAGUCCAAGUGAUGGUGAUGUUGUAGAGAUAUGUGAAUCUGUCGGCCGUGGAGAAAUUAUUGCAAACCUUUCAGCAAGCCUCGGUCCGAUUAGCACGGGGUUCGUGUAUACCAUUAACACGACAAGCUUUCAAGUAACAGGUAACACAAUUACUAUCGCUACGGAUUUGGAUGUUGAUGUUGACUCGCCUGUGACAUCCUACGGAUUAUCUCUUGAAGUGUCCCAUCCAAACAGUUCCAGAAACGUAACCGUAACGCUAACUAUCACAGUAGGUGAUGAUAAUGAUAACGCACCUGUAUUCGGAAUGGACAGCUAUUCGUUUGAUAUCAGUGAAAAAACAACAGCUAACGCUAUACUUGGAAACCUGUCUGCCACAGACAUUGACUACUCAAGUCCAAACAACGUGGUGAACGCAUACAAAGUCAUUGGGGCGGCCGAAUUCGAAAUUACUGCGGAGGGUGUGCUGAGUGUCUCAUCCGGUACAACAUUUGAUUACACAACUACGCGGAAUUAUACGUUCGUUGUCAUGGCAACUGAUGGUGGAUUAGACAGUCAGGAAAUGUCAACAAAUGUGUCUGUCACUGUGAACAUAGAAACAGAGCCAGAGUUUCAAGCCCCUACUCAAGUAGAGAUUUUGGAGAAUAUUGAUUCCAGUAAAAGUGUUUAUAGAUUUACGGUCACGGACGAGGAUAAUAGUGGGGACCUGGCCUUUGCUCUUGUCACACAGGACCCUCGGUUUGUAGUUGAGGAUGGGGUUUUGAAAACUUCCACCAGCGUUAAUUCUUCUACGUUCGAUGUUGAUCCUGAAGGUGCACCAGAGAGCGUAGAACUAACAGUCAAUGUCACCGAUGGGAAAUAUUCCGAUGAUUUAGUUUUCACGUUGAAUAUAAAGGACGUGAACGACAACUCACCAAAGUUUAGUCAGACAACAUAUAAUACCACCGUCUAUGAAAAAGCUUCAACAGGUGAUUUUAUCCUCACAUUGAUUAUAAUGGACGACGACCGGUCGCAAGCUUUCAAUAACAUUGCCGCAUAUAUCCCAGGUGCAUUUAAUGUUCCGUUCGAAAUGCUGAACUUUGAUAUAGUCGUGAAGUCUGAAGAGAGUUUGAAUUACACCAGCACAAUCAACUACACGUUUGAAGUUGUUGCAACCGAUGGUAGUGGCACUGAUCGUAAUUCAGCAACGGCAACAGUUUUAGUGACAGUAGAAUCCGGUCCAAGACUCAGUGAACUUUACGUAGCUAAAACUGUUGAAAUCUAUGAAAACGCAACGGUUGGAACAACAGUGUUUGAAGUUCUAGCAAUUGACCCGGACAACCUUCCUAGCCCUCCAACCCUUAGUUACGCAGUGGUCGAACGUUCUUCGAAUGCAUUUACUCUUGAUGGAAACAAUUUGACAAUUGGCGAAACACUAGAUGCUGACACUAUGCAGUCGCAUACAGUAGUUUUUAGUGUAUCGGAUGGCAAAUACACAACACAAAGUUCUAAAUUGACGAUACAUAUUUUGGAUGUGAACGACAACUCUCCAGAGUUUUCAGAGGGUUCCUAUAGUAUGGAAAUUGAAGAGAAUCACGACAUUGGUACAGAGGUUUUAACUGUAACGGCCGAAGAUAAAGACGUCACAACGCAGUUUAAGACCGUGACUUAUACCAUUGCAGCGGGUGACGACCAAGGAGUGUUCGCUAUUGACGCCUCUACAGGGGAGAUUACCCUAAUGUUAGAGCCCUUGUUGCAAGCCUACACUUUGACUGUAUCAGCAACAGAUGGAGGACAGCCUCCAAACAGCGCAAAUGUAACGGCGAUGGUGACAGUUUCUGACGGUGAAGUAAAUGAGUGUGAUUCGAACCCAUGUGGCGACAAUGCACAGACCUGUCUCCCCCUUCUCAACAACUUCAGCUGUGUGUGCAAACGUGGAUGGAAUGGCGAGUUAUGUAAUACUAACAUUGACGACUGUGUUGGAAUAGUUUGUGGUAACGACGGUGACUGUGUGGACGGUAUUAACAGCUUCAAGUGUAACUGCUCUCAUGGAUGGGAAGGGGCAAACUGUACAAAUGCUUGCGGCGGAAACAUGUACGGCCGCAAUUGCGAGCAUACAUGUAAUUGUAACGCAUCCUAUCUGGCGGACCCGGUGGCCACUCAGACCUGCAAUAUUUCGACAGGUCACUGCCUCUGUGCUGCUACUUGGACGGGCAUGGACUGUAGUCUUGACGUUGACGAAUGUACUAUCUCCGCCUCAGUUUGUGACAGCACAAAAAAGGAAGUUUGCGAGAACAGCAUUGGAAGCUUUAACUGUGUUUGUGAACGAGGUUAUUCGCGCACAGUUGACACAGCCGUUUGUACGAAAGACACGACUCCUCCUCCCUUCACAACAAAUUCGAGCCAAUAUGUGGUGCCCGUUUCGGUUAAAAUCACUCCCAAUGCAAGUAAAGGGUGCACAGACGAUGAUCUAAAAGUUCCAUCGAAAUACAAAAUAGUGGAGUCAAAAGCUAAACAAAUGCUAUCCAAGAGCGCCCCAACAGGGAAGAAUUUUAUCAUCACGGACAUUAGGUGUGGUUCCUAUAUUAUCGAUGCAAUAAUUGCCAUUGACAACAACAACGCUGAUAAAGCAAGUUUAAGCGUGGAGCUUGAGGACCUAAGAGAAGGGCGUAAUGUUAUAUUUGGCAACGAGGCUUUGCAGUUGGACGAGAUUACAAUUGGUGAUAGGAACUUAACCCAAACAUCCACUAGUGGAACUUACAACGAGAAACUGUGUGAGGUAUUUACCACAAUCAGUCAGUGUCCAAGUGGACAGAUCUGUGUCGUAGAAAAUGGGUCCCCAAGAUGCAGAGACGAGAUAAAAGACAACCUGCCGUUGAUUCUAGGCCUCGGUUUGGGAGUUGUGCUACCGCUUCUGUUGGUUCUUAUCGCUAUUGCCAUCGUGAUGUACUCAAGAAGCCAGAAAAGGGACAGAAGACCUAAAGACAUUUACGUGCCUUGGCAAGAGUCAUUUCCGGCUACAAACCUCAAUGGAUUGUCCCGAGUAAGCUCGUCACACAUGAGCCGGCGUAACGAAGGCAGCGGAGGACGACGGAAACUCCCGAGAUAUGAUAUGAGCCAAUCAGAAGAAUUUCCAUACAGUCCGUACGGCCCAUACGAUAAUGCCGGAUUCUCAAAGUCAAUGCCCGCGCUAAUGGACCGUUACGAGAUGAAGUCGUUACACAUGAAGACCUUACCUAGAUAAAUAUGGUCUACAACUUGUUACAUAUCGAUCGUUCCUGCAUAUUUGCAUCGUUAAAUUGUUAUAAAAUCAGCUUUGCAAAGGAACUAUAGUUUGCUACAAAUCUACGGUCGAUCAUGUAUAUGUAUAAUAAUAGUUUGUAUAUCGGAUGUAUACAGAUUCAUGAUAAUUAUAUCACUCAGUUAACAAAACAAAAUGUAAGCAUGAAGUACUUUAAAAAGAAUACACAACGAGGUAUGCAACCUAUGUACGUCAUCAAACAAUGAAUUAAGAUAUUGACAUAAGUAAUUGGUUGUAACAACGAGAGAGUUAAAAGGUUAAUUUUCUAAAGAUGCUGGAUCUAAAGAACAUGUGUAGGUUCUCUUAGAUCUGCAGCCAGAUAUAGCACACUAAUUGUACAAUAUAUACCUAUUUGAAAUGCAGUGACAAACAAAACUUCAAUAUUUGUGUUCGAUAUCUCAAAGGCUCAUUAUAUACACUAGUGUAUAAUAUGUAUAUAUAUAUAUAGGCGUGCUCUAAACACUGAUAUAUAAUUUACUUAGCAUUGUAUCAGAUACUGAUCACUGUGAUCAGACCAAUUAGUUGAUUUUGUCAUUGCUUGAUUUAGUUGUCUGUCAAACAGAUAUCGUUGCUUUUAUUGACCAUACGUUGUAAAUAACAUGCAUGCAUAACUCAAGGCAUUAUUGGAUUUAACAUGAUUGUAUACAUAUUUCACUUGAAACAUAGGUAUAUAGCUUUACAUUUUUUGGCACAUUUUCACUUUAACCAUGCAUCAUUAUGUAUAUUAUUUUGUAUAUUAAAAAAUAAAUUUAUUAUACCAUG